UCCACUUUAACCGGUGACGGCCCCUUUAAGGGUUAUGUAGAGAGACUGACUGAUGUAGGACCACACCUCCGUGUGCGCUAUGUUCUCUCGCGCUGCCAUCCCAUCCUCAUCAUGGCCUCCAAAAAUCCGCCGCUGCGUCCGAGAAUGAGCACGAGAAGACUAGCCGUUGGCCCUUUCCUUCCCCGCGCGGAAAUGAACAACGUCAAGCCGAAACAGAGGCACCGGUAGAGGUGUGCGCGCCGGGGGAUAAAGCCUCCGAGCUCAUGCCACCCCGGUCUCCUCGAUGUCUUCGUCAAAAGCCACGUACAGCCAUUUGACAAAGAGGGGUGCGAACCCCGGCCGCGGCGGCGACAGAAACAUGAACAGGGAUUUUUCUGUCAAUCUAUCAGUGCAGCAAGUGCUGAGCCUCUGGGUACAAGGCACGACGCUGCAACAUUUCACAGAGAUGUGGUACUGGGUGUUCCUGUGGUGUCUCUUCUCCUCUCUCUUGGUCCACGGGGCGAUGGGCCUGCUCAUGUUGGUCAUGUUGCAGCGCCACAAGAGGGGUCGCCUCAUCACCUUGGUCCUGGUCAGUCUGGGUUUCCUGACCUCCCUGGUUGGAGGGGUCAUCACCAGUGCGGCGGUGGCGGGGGUGUACAGGGUGGCAGGGAAGGACAUGGCCCCCCUCCAGGCCUUGGUGUUUGGAGUGGGCCAGACCACCCUCUCUGUCCUCAUCUCCUUCUCACGCAUACUGGCCACACUCUGAAGAGAUGACCCUUCCACACAGAUGGACAGAGACUUACUGACGGAUGGAUAGAUAGACACACACACACACACACACACACACAGGAGAGGAGGGAGCGACUGGGCAUGUGUGGGAGACCAUGGUUCACAUCCUACCAGUUACACUCGCCAGCGACAGAUAACAACACAGCCAAUGUGUGAACUGUGGUGUCAGUUAACUUCAUGUUGUAUUUGGAGGAAAACAAACACAGUAAACUAGCUGAAGACUGUGGUGUCCCAGCAGUUCCAGACAUUUAGGGAGGGAUGCCC